AUGUCCAUCGUCGUCCAGCACGACGAAGAACAAAAAGAAGAAAAACUCAUUCCACCACACCACCGCUACCGAUUUCUCGUCUCGCCAUAUCUAGCUAGUUCUUGCGCGGAAGUUCACAACACAAAUUCAACUUACCUGCCUCCUAAGACGAAAGAAGAAAUGGAGGAAGAUUUCCAGCCAGCAGGAACAUGCCCCGCAUGUUGCUCCAAUGCCAGCCAACGGAUAAUUGUCAUUGGUCGCCUGUCUCCUGAGAAGGCUCCUGUUUGCUUUCGGCUGGCGGGACACGACAACAGCGAACACAAAGCGGCCAAUAACGCAAUCAAUGUAGACGAGAGCGGGGACAAAACUCAAGGUGCUGGGGUGCCACGUUGGGACGCAGUACCUCUCCUGCCGCGGAACGAGCUGUGCGUGCCCAGUCGAUCCGUUAGUUAUGCUACAUGUACCAUGGCCAAGGACGAGCGAAACCGCUUGGAAGAGCCUCCCGCUGCCCAGCGUUUAGUGAGGCAACAUGUCUUGUAA